AUGAGUUUUGCAGAUAAGAUCCAAUAAAACAAAGGCUUGUCAUUAGCUUUUGGUGGCUUAUUAGCUGCUGGUGGAUUAGCUUAUUAUUUCUUUAAUAAACAUAGAGAUGAAAGAGGUUCAGAUGAAGUAUAGAAACUUUGCCCUCAUUCUGCAAAAAAAGUUUAGUCCGUUUAUGAUAAGCUUGGAGGUAAAGAAAACAUUGCUCUUGCAGUUACUAAGUUUUAUGACAAGGUUCUCAAGGAUGAUAGAGUUAAGCACUUCUUUAAGCACACUGAUAUGAAGCACUAAACUAAGCAACAAACUAAUUUCUUGUGCUUUGCUUUUGGUGGUCCAAACAACUACGUUGGUAAGAAUAUGAAAGAUGGACAUAAAGGUAUGAACAUCGAUGAUAGUCAAUUCAAUGCAAUUGUAGAACUUCUUGCUUAAACACUUACUGAAAUGGGUGUUCCUUAAGAUGUUAUUGGUGAAAUUGCUGCCAUAUGUGAACCUUUAAGAAAAGAUAUUUGCUUUUAAUGA